AUGUCACUGGAAAAACAUGAACUGGACCAAAUGGUGGGCGGACAAGAGAAAAGCGGCAAGAAAAUGCAGCUCGUCCGGAACAUGGGUUUGUGGACGGGCGUUUCCAUCAUCAUUGGAAACGUCAUUGGUGGUGGCAUUUUUGUCUCACCCGUCGGGGUCUUCAGCGAAGUGGGUUCUCCAGGAGCGGCGCUGCUUGUUUGGGCCAUUUGCGGAAUUUUGUGCAUUACAGGCGCAUUCUGCUACGCUGAACUUGGCUUGACGAUCCCCACUUCCGGUGGCGACUAUAUUUACGUUUUACGAUGCUUUGGACCGCUCCUCGCUUUCCUGCGGCUCUGGAUCGCGAUCUUGGUCAUUUACCCAGUUCAGCAAACGAUUAUGGCUUGGGUUUUCGGGCAGUACAUCAUCUCCCCCUUCUCGAGCUGCGAUAAAGCGACAAACGAGCUGGCGGCAAAGUUGCUCACCGGAUGCGCAAUUGCAAUCUUGACAUGGGCUAAUUGCAGAUCUACCAAGCUCGGGACAUCGCUCAACAAUCUUUUCACUGCUUCAAAGGUCUCUGCCCUCGGCCUGCUUAUCAUUCUUGGAUUGAAGCGAAUUUUUAUCGAUGGCAGUUCUGGAUCACUUGCCGAAGACAUUGUUUGGGCAGACACUUCUACUGAUAUGGGGAAAUAUGCUUCUGCUUGUUUGAAGGGUCUCUUUUCGUACCAAGGCUGGAGCUACUUAAAUUUCGUGGUCGAAGAGCUCGUCGAGCCGAAAAAGAAUCUUCCGAGAGGAAUCUUCAUUUCCAUCUUGACCUGCACCGGCGUAUACUUGCUCGUGAAUAUUGCUUAUUUCGCAGUCUUGAGCCCGUUGGAAUUGAUGUCGUCAAAAGCAGUAGCGAUUGACGUUGCUAAUCAAAUGCUUCCUGGGUGGCUGCAGUGGCUUAUUCCCAUCUGCGUCGCGCUUAGCUGCUUUGGGGGAGUCAACGGGUCCAUCAUUGUUAGCUCAAGAAUCUUCUUCAUCGGAGCUCGUGAAGACCAGCUGCCAAGAAUCGUGUCAAUGAUCCACCCAGAACAAUUAACACCUAUUCCCGCGCUUUUAUGCACUGGAACACUUUCGAUUUUGUAUUUAUUCACUGGCGCUGGAAUGUACAAUCUGAUGAGCUACUGCAUGUUUGCCAACUGGGUUUGGUACGCCUUCGCUGUCGCUGGACUAAUCUACUGGCGAUUUACGAGAAAAGAUUUGGAGCGCCCGAUGAAGAUAAACCUCAUUAUUCCAUUUUUCUUCAUUGGUCUUUGCUUAUUGCUCCUUGUUUUCAGCAUAUAUUCUGAGCCGCUGGAAUGUCUAGCUGGAUUUGGAAUUUCGCUGAUAGGAAUUCCAGUUUACUUCCUUUUCAUCCACCAAGCUAAGAAACAUCCCGAAGCUUACAAAUUUUUCAUGGACGAUCUGACGAAGCAAGGUCAGCUCCUGUUCAACGUCGUUCCUGAAGACAAGGAAGACUAA